CUAUGAAGAAAUUGGAAACAAAAUAUAUAUAAGAGUUUUCCAAGAAUACUUUAACAAAUAUCCAAACCCACUAUCAGACGAACAUAAAAUAAAACUUCAAGAAAAAUUUAAAGAAUUUGAUCAACAAAUUGAAGAAUUCAUAGAAGGAAAUUUAAUAACCAAAAGAAUUCCUAUACAAGAAGAAAAACGAGUCUAUAAUCAUAAGAAAAAAGAGUAUAGAAAACAAGUCUUCAAUUAUAUUGAAGAAGAGGAAGAAAAUGCAGAAAAUCUAACUGACGAAGAAAUAACAACAUAUUUAGUAUACUCAUUAGUAACAGCAAAUAGACUAAAAGUCAAAACAACAAUAACAGAAUUUGAACUACCAAAAAACUUAGAAAGGCUAACAUCCUUAAUAUCAGAAUACAAUGGAUCAAUUGAAAAAUAUAGAGAUUGGAGAAAUCAAUUAGAAAAUGUGUUUAAAGCAUUAAGAUUAGAAGACUUAAUUAUAUUUGGAAGAUACUUCGAAACACCUAAAAAAGGUUAUACACUAAGAGGAAGAAAUUACGAUUCAACAAGAGCAGACGCAUAUGAAUGCAGGUGGAGUACAGAAAUAAUACAAACAGUAUUUGCAAUAAUUAGAACAAAACUAAAAAAGGAUGCAUUAGAAGUAUUUGACACAGAAAUAGCAACUAUAAACUGUUAUUUUAAAUCCAACUUAGAUAACGCAAAUGAUUUAAAAGAUGCAGAAAAUUAUCUGAUAAAAGCAAUAAAUUACUUACAAGCAGCAGGAAACUGGCAUGCUUUUGCAAUAGCAGAAGGAACAAGGAUAAACCCAAAUGUUACAGAUACAACAACACAAAAAGGAUUUAGAGACGUAUUUGAUGAAAACUUCACAAGAGACUCAGUACAAUCAUUAAACCAAAAAGAAUUUCUUAAAUUUAACUUCUACAAGAAUUUAGACUGGAGUGACGACUCAGGAUUAAGAAAACAAAUCAACCAAUAUAAAAAACUCAAACAAUUAUCAAAUUGGCAAUGGGCUGCAAACUUCUUUGGAGGAAACUACAUGUAUUUAGUAGAAAGAAUGCCUAAAAAUAUAGCUCAACAAAUUACAUUAACAAACCCAGUACCGAAUAAUGAAGAAGAUUUCUUCAAAAGAGCUAAUACUCUAUUUAGAGCAACAAAAGUAACAAUGGAUAUAAUGAAAAAAUCUAAAAGUGAAAAAACAAAUCACUAUUUCCAAAGAACCCAAAAAAUAAAUAAUAUACAAACAGAACAACCUCAAAAAGAAAAAUGCUACUCAUGUGGACAAAUAGGACAUUUUGCAAAAGAAUGCCCAAAAUGGAAAGGAAAAGAAGCAUAUAACAGAGUACAAUCAACUUACAAAAACUAUAAUAGAAGACAAAAGAAAACCUUUGUCGAAAAAUAUUGUUCAUAUUGUGGAAAAGAUAAUGGAUAUCACACCAAAACAU